UUCCACUCAUAUAAUGUAUGCAAUUAGCCUAUAUACAGCCGUGCUGAUGAUUCGUUUUAUCUUGUAAUGGUAGAAAUUAGAACAUUUGAGAUGAAAUUGGCAAGGGUAUUAUACUUACAGAAAAAAGAAAUAAUUACAGUGAUUGAUGAUAUUGGGCAGUUUAUUGGCCGCCUAUAUUGUGCUACUCAAAGCCAAUACCAAAUUUGAGAAAUGCUCUUAAUAAUCAACAUUAUUGACACCUUAUCUACGUUCGAGGAAAGCAGCUUUUUUCUUAUUUGAAGUUAAUUAUGUGGGGCUAUUCUUAUCAACUCAAUAUCAUGCGUAAGAAGUAAGGUAAGUGUUCUAAUCCAUAUACGACUACAGGAAGCAGGUGAUGGUGUACUUUUCGUAGGUUAUAUCUCUUCAUUUGAUACCUUUUGAGAUUGAGAUAAAAAUGAAUACUGAGUACCUGAAGAAAGAUUAUCGGUUUAGAAUGUAUGAACAACAACAACCAAGAAGGUUAUCUGCCAAACGUGGCCGAAACUUAUUGGGCAAGGAACAUGGUUCCAAUGAAAAUAAGCCUUGGUUUGGUAUUUACAAGAAGCAAGCUGGGGUUAAGGCACAGGGCUAUCGCUAUGGGUAUCACAGAUUGUACAGUGAAUCCGAAGACUUUAAUGAAGAUGAUAUUGAAGGUCCGCUGGACUAUGUAGCAGGCUAUGGAAAGUUAAAAAUAGGUAGACAGCCUUUCAAUAAUGGCGUCUAUGGUGCAAGACAAUAUCCAUCACAGUACAUCAGUACUGAAAGUGAUCAUCGAAAGCAAGAAGAAUCUGGAAGUUUGAGUCGACUUCCCAAAAUGGUAGAUGAGGAUAUCAUGUCUGGCAGACGUCAUGAAUUUGGCAAAGAGACAGACAAGUAUCACAGCUAUGAUCGGCAUAGACAGGGAAGUGUCCAUCAUAGUCAGGGAGUUGAUGGUGUUGUGGGUAGUCCUAGAGUCAAGGAUGAGUUUCUCGGUCGUCCGGGAAAUGAUGGCAAGAAGAGCAGAAGCCAUAAUUAUAAUGAUGCAUAUGGAAGAGAAUCAGUAACAUUGAAAAAUAACGGGCAGGUUAAAGUGUCCAGUAUGAAGAAGAAGAAGAGGAGGCGUCCAGCUGGCCCAUUUGGGCCUGAGAAGGGGCGGAAGGGAAGGCUCAGUUCUGCGGACAGUAAAAAACCUAAAGGUACUGAAGACUCUCCCCGAAGCCUUAAAAAGAAGGAUUAUGAUAGUGAGGUGGAUAUUGGACCAGAUGCUCCUCUGUUGUACAGGAAAUACAUCUGGGGCAGGAAGACACGUCCUCACAAUCAUGGUGAUCUUGACAUGUCUGGAGAGCUUCAAGGAUACCGUUACCGUGGUUAUGCCACAAACAAUGCUUUCCACCCUGGCCGUUACUUCCGGGCCAAUGGCUCCCUACCAAACAGGCGCUGGCCUGGAGCCUUUGGGACAGCAAGCAAGAAUGCUUACCUUUCUUCGGAAAAUGUGUCUAUGAAACCAAAAGUCAUCACAAUAGUGCGCAAUGGAAAUCGGCCAAGACAUAGUGUUAAAAUAUUGCUUAAUCGACGAAGCGUUCAAUCAUUUGAACAGCUUAUGGCAGACAUAUCUGAAGCCUUUGGACCAAAGUGGAAAAAUAACAAAGUGCGGAAAUUAUGCACAACAAAGGGACGUGAGGUUCAGGGUAUCUCAGACUUCUUCCGUCACGAUGAUAUGUUCGUGGCAAGCGGUAAUGAAGCCAUUGUUGAGGAGGAUCUGAAGGACAUUCUUCAGGAGAUGUAUCCAGACAGUAGCCCUCAUGCCAAAAACCUUCAUAAAGAAUGGGAAAGGUCACGAAAGAAGAAACACGCUGCUCCUGUGCACCGAGAAGUAGAUGCUGACAAACGGGAUAGUGGUUUUGGAGAGCCAAGUGAAGGAAGCAAUAGCAAUAGGGAUUCCGACCAUGAGGCCACUCAGACAGGUCGAGGUCGCCCUGAAGAGGGGCGACGGAGAGACAGGAGAGAUAAAGACAAACACAGUCAAAGUCCUUCCAAAGACACUGCAAGAGAUCCCCACUCAGAGACUCCUCGGGAGCAGCAGAAAGAUGCAUUUGGGAAGGAUGUCUAUGAUGAAAGGGAACGAGCCAGGCGGCGACAACAGAAGAUGUUGGAGUCUGAGAAACGGGCCCUGGAGGAUGAGAGAAGGAAACGUGGGCUUGUUCCUCUGAAGGGCCAAGAUGAUCCCUUCAAGAAAAUGAAGGAACGAGAGAAGGAAAAAUUGGAAGCAAGGAGGAGGAAGGAGCAGGAGAAGAAAAGACAAAUGGAAGAAGAGGAAAAGGAACGGAGGAGGAAGGAAUUUGAAGAGGCAGAGAAAGCUGCUCGGGCAAGGAAAGCAGCAGCAGAAAAGGAAGAACGUGAAAGGGAGGAAAGAGAAAAGGAAGAAAAAGAAAAAGCUGAACGAAAGAAGGCAGAACAAGAGAAAGGAAAAGAAGACAAGACUUCGGAUAAGGACAGAGUGAAAGACAAGGAAAACAAGGAAACAAAAGACAAUAAGGACAAUAAGGAUAAUAAGGAUAAUGAGAAACCUUCAGUGAAGAAACGACAGAAGACAAAGAUUGUGAGAAGGACAAAAGCCGAGAGGCUGAUUGCUAACGAUGAACCUGUGUUGGAAAAGUAUGACCUUGGUAGGACUUUAGGGGAUGGUAAUUUUGCUAUUGUGCGGACUUCUAAAUUGAAAGCUUCAGGACAGGAGUUUGCAAUGAAGGUGAUUGACAAACCAAAGCUGAAGGGUAAAGAGCACAUGGUGGAGAAUGAGAUUGAGAUUAUGAAGGAUUGUAGUCACCACAACAUUGUCAAACUUUAUGAGGAGUUUGAAACUCCAGAUAAACUCUAUCUGGUAAUGGAGCUUGUCAAGGGUGGUGAUUUGUUUGAUGCCAUCACCCAGAGUGUCAAGUUUGGGGAAGUAGACUCGGCCAACAUGGUCAAGGAUCUCUGUCAUGCGCUCUUCUACCUCCAUUCUCGCAACAUCGUACACCGUGACCUCAAGCCAGAAAACCUGUUGGUGCAUCGAAACAAAGACGGGACAAUUACGUUAAAACUGGCUGAUUUCGGGCUGGCGAUGGAUGUGAAGGAACUCAUCUACACAGUUUGCGGGACGCCAACAUACGUAGCACCAGAAAUACUGUCAGAGAUAGGCUAUGGUCUGGAGGUUGACAUGUGGGCAGUGGGCGUCAUCUCCUACAUUCUGCUGUGUGGCUUCCCUCCCUUCCGGAGUCCCGACCGCAACCAGACGGAGCUGUUUGAGUUCAUCAAGGCGGGGGUAUACGAGUUCCUCUCUCCAUACUGGGAUUACAUCUCCGACGCUGCCAAGGACAUGAUCCAGCACCUCCUGGUGGUGGACAAGAAGCGGCGCUACACGGCGGUGGACGUCCUGUCACACCCCUGGAUCCUGGCUGGGGGGGACAUGACCCAACUCCUGGACAGCACCGGCAUCUCCGAGGCCAAGCGGGAACGCCGGAAGGAGCUGGAGACACAGGCUCGGCAGAAUCUCGACACUUAUACCAGAAUGAAGGAGAAGAGGAAAGCCAAGGAAGAAUAAAUUUAGUAAACUACAUUCCUUGUGAUGUGUUGAAAUGAUCAAAUAACACAUGUUGGCAAAUGUGACUUAGUUUUGACGGGUGUCUUACCAUUGCCAGUAUAUUUGUAUAAAGAACACUGAUUGGAUUUGUAUAUAUCAUGUUCAGUGACACCGACUGUCUCAAGUAUCUGUCCAAAACAAGCCACGGCUGUGAAGAAGUGUGGAUGCAUUUCAAUUUGCGUCUUCAAGCUCCUUCCCAGCGCGUGACACCUUCAUUACACUCUCAGUAACGUCGCUGCCACCAGUGUGGGCGCAGCCAUUACAAGAAUCUUGAAAUUUGCCCUCUAACCCCAUAUGUAGUAACGUUUAUACUUUUGUUUAUGUCUUUGGAAAUGCCAUCAUAUUCAUGAAAAGGUUAACGACUGACCAUGUUUUCCAGAUGAAUU